AAAAGAACGAGUACGAUGCGUUUAUUUCGGUCGUGUUAUUAGUGAGUUUUUGGUAAAUACUAAUAUUUGUAAUUACAGACGGAUUUUGAAUACUAUUAAUUAAUUUGCAUUUAAACUCACGUAGUGAAUAGUGUCAGGAUUACGAUUAGUAAAGUGUCUUUCGUGUAACUAUGAAUGGAGAUCAUGGGGAUUGAUCUUUGAAUCAGCUCGGAACAGCUGAAACUGAGCUGCACAGUGGUCCGAAUGUUAAAAACCCCUGGCAAAAAUUACCAACAAUAGACUGCAGGUGAUCCCAAGGGUACUCAUCUAACCCUAAGCGUGAUAGGUAUGCGAGUUCUGCGCAACGCAGCAACGUAAUUCGUUAAAAAUGGUUAAAUGUGCAGUGAUAACUUGUCGUCAUUACGAAGGAAAUAAGGCGUGCGAAACUAAAUUGAAAUUCUUCUGGUUUCCCGAGAACGAGAGCAAAAGAUUAGCUUGGUUGAAAGCUUGUGGCCGGGAUCCCGGUGAAUCACAGCACUUGAAAAUAUGUUCCGAACAUUUCAGCGACCAGGAUUAUAGGCUGCAGGAUGUUUUGCUUAAAACCGAAUUGUUGAAGAAACGGUUGAAACCUGAUGCGAUUCCGUCGUUGAAAUUGCCGCCACAAAGCUCCCAGGAAGUUCAUGAAAAUGUAUUCAAUCAACGCUCUACUGCGUCCACUGUCACGAAAGCUGAUGUAGCAGUUCAGUUAGGGGUUUCGACGGAAAACGCAGCUAUUCCAAUGAAAAUUAAAUGAGUAGUAUUUGUUAUUUAUUUUAGGCAAGGCGUGCAAGAUUUACACAUGAAAAUUCAGCCACAUUUAUUUCAAGAAGUUUGGGAUCAAAUCAAGAUGGAUGAGACACAGCAGUCGCUACAAGAAUGCGUGAAAGUGAAAACAGAACCACAUGGUGAAACCUACAUGGCCAUGAGUUCGAGGGCAGAAGCGCUAUCUACAUCAGAUGCAAAUUUUGAUUUAAAUCUGAAAUCAGUUUCUCUAGAGAAUGAACAGAAUCAAAGUGAACAAUCGAUGGAUUUAGAGGACAUGAUUGAAAUAGGAGAAGUGAAAGUUGAAGCUGAAGAAAUUAACGACGACAAACCGUUCAAAUGCAAUAUUUGCCCAAAGGCGUAUAGCUCGAACUAUAGCUUGAAAAUGCACAUUAAGAACUGCCACACGCCAAAAAUUUACGGUUGUGACUUGUGUGAUAUGAGUUUUCGGCGACGCUGUGAACUCGCAUCACAUGAAGAAAGGCAUGAAAGAGAGAAAAACGCUGGUUUCUAUUCAGUACAAGCAAAACAGAAAGCAAAUGCAGCGAAUUCAAAUGAUGCCACCGAUGAAAAAGAUAUCGAAUGUGCAUCGGAACCGAAUUCCUCUGCUUCAGAAUUACAGUGCGCAAAAUGUUUAACCUUUUGGCCCAAUCAGAAUCGUCUAUGGCUUCACUAUCAAGCAGCCCACAGAGAAAAAUUUAAGUGCUGCUUGUGCACUGAAACGUUCUAUUAUGAGGUACGAUUGACAAAGCAUAUGCUGUUGAUGCAUAAACAAAAAGAUGGCAGUUUCAAACCUCUACAAUGUGCAGAAUGCAACAAACAUUUCGACAAACCAAUACAAUUUUCUCGCCAUAUGCAUCUGCACAAAGCAAAAAACCAUAAAUGUGCAGUUUGUAACCAAUCGUUCAAAUAUAAAAUUGAAAUGAAAACGCACGAGCUAUCGCACAAAACCGAUGGCAUCAUAUGGGAAUGUGAAGUGUGCAAAAAAGUUUUUCCAACCCGUAGAUUGAAGACUAGUCACUUGAGAAUCCAUGCACCAAAGGAACACAAGUGUCGUAUUUGCGGCAAAGAUUGUAAAUUACGAAUCAAUCUUGUGGCGCAUUUAAAAACUCACGAGAAAGAGAACGUUACUUUUUCAGAGGCUGGAGGUAGCUCAGAACCUUCCAUUCGAGACCGCAGCAGUCCAAACGUCGUGGCACACAAGAACACGGAGGCUAAGGUAAAACCACAUGGAGAAGUCGAUUCGAAAACUGAAACAGGAAAUCAGACGUGUAAACUGAAUUUAAAACAAGAAAGUGAGUCGCCACCUCUCGAUUUACGGUCGUGUGGUGAAAUCACACAACCAGUGAUUGAUAUUGGUGCGGUGAAAGUUGAAUCUCGUUCGGAUGACGAAUUGGACGAACCGCAUCCAGUUUAACAAAGGAGAUAGACUAACGAUGCUUAGGAAAUCCAAUGCGAAAAGUGUACUCUACUGGGUAUUCCAGUGAUGACAAAUUCGUAAGAGUACGCCUCCGGAUAUCGGGAAAUUUACGGAAAAUCGCAGCCUUCAUUUGUGUUCAUUAGCUCCGAGAGAAAAAUGGAAGAUGACGUCGACUCGACGCCCCAAAAAACUGAAUAGGAAUUAAUUAGUGUAGAGUACAUAUGCUACAUUUGUGUUUAUUACACUGAACAUUUAUUACCAAUGAU